AAUGGGUGGAAGUGCGCGAUAGGGAGUACAGCGAAAGCCUAUUUAUGCUGGUAGUAAUAAUUAAUAAACCUAGUGUAAGUUAUCCAUCUGAUGUUUGGUGGCAGAAGUAAUGUGUUUUGCUGAUAAUAUAAUUACAGUAUUCGAGAAAGUGGAGGAGGCGGGGCAUCCUGUCCCUUUGCACGAGCCAAUCAAACCGCCUGGCGCCUUCGCUGUCAGAGUUUUUUCUUUUUGGAAUCAAUAAUAAGAAUUUGAAAUAAAAUAUCCAUAUCGCCUUGUGCUUCACGAUGUCGUCGUUUGUCACUGAAGUCCUCGCCAGCUCCGGCAAACUGGAGAAAGAGGACCUGUCCAGUAAAAUCAGCAAAAUGUCGCGCAAGAUUGAAGACACGAAGGAACAAGUGUGUGACAUGAUAAACAAGCGAUAUCGGGACUUCCUGCCGAGCCUUCAAGCAUCUGAGGACCUAAUGGUGCAGGUGGACGACGUGUCCAAAGAGAUGGUGUCCCUUAAAAGCUUUGUCGAGUCAGAGGUGCAGCUAAACAUCCAUGAGGCCGUAGCAGAGUACACAACGUUGAAGCAACAGUUAGAGAGAAACACUGUCGUCAUCACGAUGCUUGGACACCUGAAAGAGUUUCACAAUUCAAUGGAGGAGUUCAGCAAAGCCUUACAGGAGAAGAAGUAUGUUGAUGCAGCCAACCAGCUGGAAAGGGCAAGGACCAACGUGGAGUCCCUCAAAGGCUGGAAGGUGUCGCAGCUCCCACUGCUCAGUGCUCUCAGCUCCGAGUUGACGGUGCAGAGGGAAAACCUAAACUAUCAUCUGGGAGAUGAGUGGAAGCGCCUCGUCAUCUGGAAAUUACCUCCCUCAAAAGAGCCUCCAGGCGUGGCCUCCUUCCUGCAGGUGGAGCUAUAUCUGAGUCAGUCUUCCAUGAAUGACAGUGAUCCAGAACCACCUGCUGUGCUGUGCAGCGUCCUGCAGGCCUUGGCCAUCCAGGGAGAUCUCCUGCACAAGAUGAAAUUUUUCAGCCAGGUGCUGCUGAAGAACAUGCUGAAGCCACUGGUGCUACACUCAUCUCUGUCGGUGCAGGUGGCGGAGCAGCAGGGUAAGGGCGUCGCCCUGACCUUUAAGAGCUUGAAGGAGUGCAUGGAGGAGCGUGCCACUCCGUCGCAGGUCUAUAUCAAAGUGCUCCUGGUGCUCAAGACUCUUCACUCACACCUCCUAGACGUUCCUGUUGGUGAUAAAAAGCUGUCAACCAUCUUGGGCGAGCUGAUAUGGGAGGAACUCUCUCGGUGCAUCAUCCACGAGUGUCUGCUCCACUCCAUCCCCACCAACAGCAGUCAGCUGGAACAAUACAACACGGUGAUCAAGGAGACGGAGGAGUUUGAGAAGUCUCUGAAGGAGAUGGAGUACCUGCGGGCCGACUCCACAGACCUGCUCAAGUACGCCAGAGAUGUGAACUGUCACUUUGCCAGCAAGAAGUGCAAGGACGUCAUUGUGGCCGCUCGCAAACUCAUGACCUCCAAGAUGCACAACACCGUAAAGAUUACGCCAGAGUCCAAGCUGUGUCUCCCCAAGCUGCCUGCUCCGAGGACGUCGGAGCAGGUGAAGCAAGAGGCGGCCCCAAACGAGCACACCGCCAUGGAGAAUGGCAGUCAGCUGUCGGCAUGGAGCUUGUGUCUGCCAGCGUGUCACAUCAGCGAGUCGGUGCAGCAGCUGAUGGAGCUGGCUGUCAACACGCUGUGCGAGGCGGUUGGAAGCUCCUCCCAAUGUGCUUUGCAACUAUUCUUCACCGUCAGAAACAUCUUCCAGCUCUUCUACGACGUGGUGCCUACGUACCACAAAGAGAACCUCGUCAAGUUUCCUCACCUGGCGGCCAUCCAGCACAACAACUGCAUGUACCUGGCCCACCACCUCCUCACCCUGGGCCACCAUUUCAGAGCCCACCUGCCGCAGCCCCUUAAUAAGGGCGUGGCCACCUUUGUUGACAUGGUGCCCGGAUUCAGGAAACUGGGCGCUCAGUGCUUCUUAAAUCAGCUGAACGUCCAGAGGGCGGAGCUGUUGGAGCGACUGUCCACCGCUCAAAAUUUCUGCAACCUGGAUGAGGAGGACAAUUACAUAGCGGCCAGCAAGGCCGUGAGACAGAUUAUCCAUCAGUUGAAGCAGCUAGGGACGGUGUGGCAGGACAUCUUACCGGUCAGCAUCUACUGCAGAGCAAUUGGCAACCUCCUCAACACGGCCAUCACGGAAAUCAUUGCCAAGAUCAUGAUGCUGGAGGAUAUCUCGUCAGAGGACGGAGAGCACCUCCAUACGCUCUGCCAGACAGUCAUUGAGGAAGGGCCACUGGUCUUUAUUCCUCUGGCAGAGGAGCACAAAAACAAGAAAUAUCAGGAGGAGGUUCCACUCUAUGUGAAGAAGUGGCGCACUUUCAAGGAGCUGGUCAUCGUGCUGCGUGCCAACCUUCAGGAGAUUGUCGACAGGUGGGCGGACAGCAAAGGUCCUCUGGCAGUGGAGUUCACAAGUUUAGAGGUGAAAAGUCUGAUCCGAGCCUUGUUCCAGAACACGGAGAGAAGAGCUAUGGCUCUGACCAAAAUCAAAUAAACGACCACGAAGAAGAGACUGAAGCGCUUUCUUUUCCUUCCUCUGUCUUUCUAAUAUACGGCGCACUCGCCGACUACAACGUUGGGUAAAAAAAAUUCAGCCUUUGCAAUAACAAUAAAAAACAUAAUUUUUAGAAUGGACUGUCACGCU